AUGAAGAGAAAAAGGUUGAAUCUUGAGGAAGAAUCUGAUCUCCAGCCCAAGAUGAGAAGAGGGUCAGAAGAGAUGGAUGUGAAGUCUGAAAAGGCUGACCCCUGUGUAGAGGCUACCCCCUCUAUCAUUAUAAAAAAGAGAGAGAAAAACAGGGCGUCCGUUCCUUGUGAAGGCCCUGCGGUGAAGGAGAAGAGGAGAACAGAUAAGGAAGAGACCAACGUCAAGACUGAAAAGAGAGCAGACUUUUUCAGUCGUUACAUUUUGGGCCGUCUGCUGGGGAAAGGAGGAUGUGGUGCAGUCCACGCAGGAGUUCGCAAAUCAGACGGUAAAAAGGUGGCCGUAAAGUUUAUGCGCAAACCUAGAAUUGACACCUACAUCACCCUCCCUGGGGACACACGCAGACUCCCUCUUGAGGUGGCACUCAUGAAGCUCGUGUGCGAGCCACCUCGCUGUCCCUUGGUCAUUGAAUUGGUGGAAUGGCACGAGACAUCCACACAUGUCAUCCUGGUCCUGGAGCGGCCCGAACCCUGCACUGACCUCUUCGACUACUGCGAAAAUGAAACUAUGUCUGAAUCAAUGGCUCGCAUCAUCACACGGCAAGUUAUUAACGCUGCACAUCACUGUAGUGACCGGGGUGUCUUCCAUCGGGACAUCAAGGCGGAAAACAUUCUGCUGAACCCUCGUACUCUCGAGAUAAAGCUGAUCGAUUUCGGCUGUGGAGAUCUGCUGAAGAACACCCCCUACACGGAAUAUGCAGGCACGACGACUUUCUGUCCACCCGAAUGGAUCGUCAAAGGAGAGUACGAGGCGGAACCUGCCACCGUCUGGGGUCUUGGUGUAUUCCUGUACCAACUGUUAUGUGGAGAAGAGCUUUUCAGUGAAGCCAAAGAUGUUGUAAAUGGCCACGUGGACUUUCCUGAUCAUCUGUCUGAGGCUUCCUGCAGUCUGAUAAAGUUGUGCCUACAACGAGACCCUAAAAGACGACCAACACUCAAGCAGAUCCUGUCACAUCAGUGGUUCUGUGUUCAGGAGGCCAGGGAGAAACAGUGACACAAAAGGAAAAAGCAC